UUUGGUCCACCCUAUCUUUUGGUAGCUAGUUAGUUUAGCUUUGGUAAACAUGAUUUUGUAUGUAAUAACCUAAUACAUAAUACAUAUGUACAUGUGUAUGUAAUAACCUAAUACAUUAGAAAUUAAAUUGGCCAUUUAGAAAAGUAUUUGUCAUUAUGAAGGGAAAUAUGUCAUGAACAUUUUGUGCGGUGGGUUCUGAAUGCAGUUAUCUUUUCUUUUUAGAGACUUGGACUUGGACUUGAAAAAAAUAAAAUAAAAAUGUAAGUGUUAACACACAUCUAAUGGGCUCCUUUACACCAUAGCCUAUUUAACUCACCAUCCAAAUGCCAGUAAGCACUAAAUCAGUUGUAAAUCAUACUGAUGGCACUGUUCAGAUAUCAGAUCCUCUUUAAAACUAAACCACUAGUAAUAUUGCAGUUUCAGGGCCCAAAAAUGAAGCGAAAAGGUCAAGAUAUCAGGACUUUUUUCAAGAAAAGGUCAGUCAACCAGAGGGAGACAGAAGAGGUGGAGACACAGAAAGACAGUCAGAGUGUGGAGGAGGAGACACAGAAAGUCAGCCAGAGUGUGGAGGUGGAGACACAGAAAGACAGUCAGAGUGUGGAGCUGGAGACACAGAAAGACAGUCAGAGUGUGGAGCUGGAGACACAGAAAGCCAGUCAGAGUGUGGAGGUGGAGACACAGAAAGACAGUCAGAGUGUGGAGGUGGAGUCACAGAAAGACAGCCCAGAACCCCCAGAGGACACAACCAGUCCAACAGGUCCACAUGAUAUAUCUAAGCAUCGAGGUGACAGCCCAAGUCAACCAAUCAGGCAGGGAUUCCCCAGAACUCUCCAGGGUGGAGCUUGGAGAAGUUUCCACAUAGAGUGGUACCAAGAACGUCAAUGGCUUGAGUACUCGCAUUCUAAAGAUGCAGCAUAUUGCUAUCCUUGUAGGCAUUUUUCUCUACCUAAUGUCCCCAAGAGUGUUUUUACGUCAGUGGAUGGUUACUCUAAUUGGAAAAAAGCAACAUUUAGGGAUAGUGGAUUUUGUCGUCAUGCUAAAUCUGAGCACCAUGUCAAUGCAAUGCUUGCAUGGGAAGAAGAUAAAAGAAGGAAGGACAACAACACAUCAAUGAUAGUAUUGAUGGAAGCAGAAAAUAGGAAAAAGAUAACUGACAAUCAAAAAUACAUCAAAACACUAGGUGAAAUACUGUGUCUUACAGCAACCCAGAAUAUCGCCCAGCGUGGUCAUAGAGAGUCUUCUGACUCAGAAAACAGGGGCAAUUUCCUUGAGAUUUUAGAACUCGUAAGCAAACAUGACCAGUCAGUUAGGACACGAUUAGAAGAUCAAGCCAAGAAUGCCAAAUACACCAGCAGCCAUAUUCAAAAUGAAAUGAUAAGCAUUUUAGCAGGGAUGCAGCCCUCCAUCCUGGGCGCCUUCUCAAGGGGAACCAAAUACAAGCGAGACAGCCUUCGAUGGAAGCAGUGUACCACAGCUGUGACCCGGUAUUUGUGUAAAGAAAUGGUGUCCUUCAAGACGGUGGAGAAGACCACCUUCAAAGAAAUGCUGGCAACGCUGGACAAGCAGUAUGAGUUGCCUACGCGCAAAUACUUUUCCCAAACGGCCAUCCCCAAUAAAAUCAAACGAAAGAUGUGCUGGCAGACGCCCUCAAAGUCGGCGCUCAAGAGUGGGGCGUAG